UUUGUGUUUGUGUCUCGUAUACAACAAUCAUGGCGGACUAUCGAGAGGCGCCCUUGGCCACUCGGCCAAAAACCUUAGAUCCGAAUGAAUACUUCAACCUGUCGCCGGACUACCGACGCGCCGAGGCGGAGAGGGCAGCCCUGCGGGCCGGCCUGAAGAGGCAAUACCAGCUGCAGCUCAACAACCCGCACAGGAAGGAGCUGAUCGAAGACCCUGCCCUGAACCGCUGGGUGUAUGCACGAGCCAACCCGUACAACCACUUCAAAGCCACAAAGAAGACGUCUCUGCUGGGUGCUUUGUUUGGAGUCGCUCCCCUCUUCAUCCUCUACUACGUCUUCAAGACGGACAGGGAUCGUAGAGAGGAACAGAUCAAGGCUGGGACCUUGGAACGCAAAUAUAAGUUGUCGUAUUAAGCGAUAGAUGUUCUAUAGAUACUGUCAUUGUGUAAUAUUAAUGCCCUAAUAAAACCCCCCAUUUAAAACGC